AUGGACGAGAACGUGUUACAACCUCUGCUGCAAGACCUGGCCGAGCUCAAGAGCAAUGGUCUUCAAGUUCGGUGUGGUGAAGGCACCAUGACAGUGAAGGCCACGGUUGCCGCAGUGUGCGGCGACAAUCUUUCGCUGAACAAGCUUGGAGGCUUUUCCUGCUGCUUCAGCAGUGGCAGGGUAUGUCGCUUCUGCAUGGCAACUAAAGCCAGGCUGGCAGAGCUCACGAGAGAAGAACUCUGUGUGAUAAGGAGUGCAAAUCGACACAGCAUACACUUAUCGGCAAUUGCUAUCAACCCAUCGUUGAAAAAGCAAUACGGAGUAACCGGGCCCUCUCCAAUGCUGUCCUUGGAAGACUUCGACGUGACAAAACAACUCAUGCCAGACAUAAUGCACGACAUGUUUGAAGGAGGAUUUGCAGUUGUUCUCCAUUAUGUUCUUCAAGGGCUCAUCCAAGAGGGCACCCUUGCAUUGUCAGACUUGGAGAAGGUAGCCAAGUUCAAAUUUGGCUUCAACGACCGAAAGAACAAACCUGAGCCUCUAAGUGUCAACUUCACCAAGGACCACCGUGCCUUGAGAGGCACAGCUUCGCAAAAGUGGUGCUUGUUUAGGCUGCUCCCACUGAUGAUGGCCUCUAGCAUCCCAGAAGGCAAUGCGCAUUGGGAGCUCUACCUAAAGUACCGGGAGAUCACAGACAUGAUUCUUGCUCCUGAGGUUCCCACUGACUUCGUGCCAUACCUAGAAGACAGAAUUCAAGGUUUUCUAAAGGACUUCAGUGAGACAUACCCAUCAGCCAGUGUGCCCCCCAAGCUGCACUAUCUUGUCCACUAUCCCCGCAUCAUCCGAGAGUAUGGGCCCCUGCAACAGUACUGGUGCAUGCGCUUUGAGGCAAAGCACCAGUACUUCAAAGGUCUGGCAUUGAAAACCAAAAAUUUCUUGAACAUCACCAAGACCUUGUCUACACGACACCAACUCCUGCAGAGUUACGAGCUCCAUACCUUUGUCCUUGACAAACCUGUUUAUGCCACAGGUCUCAAGGUGGUAGCCCCCGCAGAACUCAACCAGUGCGCAGAGAGCCUGGCAUCUGAUGGCCUGCAGGUCUGGGAAGCCAAGUCCAUCGAGACAAGCACGGGAGUUUACCAAACUAACGAUGUCCUUCUCAUGAACAAGACAAUGUCACUGAGCUUUGCUAAAGUUAGCACAGUGUACAUGGUGAAUCGUGAAGUGUUCCUUCUGCUCAAUGAGCUGCAAGUGGAGAGAUUCCGCAGACACAGGUGCAGCUAUAGAGUGCAGAACACCGACAACUUCUACCUCAAGCAGCCUGGUGAAGAGGCCUGCUUCCAACGGUUGGACCUCUACAACGAGGGAGAGCUUGUGCCAAAGUGGGACAGCUUCUAUUAUCCUUAA